AUGUCAGCGACUACCACUACUACCACUCUUCCGCCCUCUACCCUUCACCUCACCCCACAUCUCCAGAACAAGAACCUUACGCCCCCACUCUCUACAAACUCUCUUGACUCCUUCCCGCACAUAUCGUCCACACCAGUAAUCGGGACCGAGUUUCCCUCCUCAGUACAACUGACAUCCUUACUUGCCUCCGAUGCUUUCAUCCGUGAUCUCGCGAUCUUGAUAUCCCAACGCGGCGUUGUGUUCUUCCGCUCGCAAGUGAUCACAAUUGAGCAGCAAACAGAGCUUGCAGUGCGCCUUGGCGAGUUGAGUGGGAAGCCAGAUACAAGUGGGCUGCAUGUACACCCGCUUACCAAAGAAUUCUCGGAGUUGGGCGACAGAGUGUCGGUUAUUAGCUCUGAGGGUAAGAAGGUAGUUGCGAGUGGAGAAAGCGAGGAAAGGAGUGCGAGAGCGAGUAAUGGAUGGCAUGCGGAUAUCACUUUUGAGAAGAUCCCUAGUGAUUAUGCAAUUUUGAAGGUCCACACACUGCCUGAAACGGGCGGAGACACACUUUGGGCUUCCGCAUAUGAAGCCUAUGAUCGUCUCUCCCCUGCCUAUCAACGAUUCCUCGAGGGCCUGACCGCAACUCACAACGCCACUCGAUUCAACGAAGCAGCAGCUCGUACCGGAUAUAAGAUCCGCGAGAGCCGUGGUGCUCCAGAGAACCAGGGGACAGACCUAACAGCUGUGCACCCGGUUAUAAGGACUAAUCCUGUUACUGGGUGGAAAGGUUUAUUUGUCAAUAAGGGCUUCACUAAAAGGAUCAAUGAACUUACUAAAGACGAGUCGGACAACGUAUUGGAUUAUAUUUUCGGACAUAUCAGUGAGAAUCAUGAUCUGCAGGUUCGAUUCAAAUGGGGCCAUUAUCAAGAUGGCGCUGCCGACGUAGCAAUCUGGGAUAAUAGAAGUGUUUUUCACACUGCUACUGACGAUUAUCUUGAGUUGGGUGGGAUUAGAGCGGGGGAUAGAGUCGUUAGCUUGGGGGAGAAGCCGACUUUGGUACCGGGGUCGAAAAGUAGAAGGGAGGCGUUGGGGCUGCCGAGAUUUGGUGGACAGAAGUUCUGA